UCAUCUCCUGUACUGUCCGCAGUCUCUGGUCAUCUCCUGUACUGUCCGCAGUCUCUGGUCAUCCCUGUACUGUCCGCAGUCUCUGGUCAUCCCCAUUGUACUGUCUGCAGUCUCUGGUCAUCCCUGUACUGUCUGCAGUCUCUGGUCAUCCCUGUACUGUCUGCAGUCUCUGGUCAUCCUGACUGUCUGCAGUCUCUGGUCAUCCCUGUACUGUCUGCAGUCUCUGGUCAUCCCUGUACUGUCUGCAGUCUCUGGUCAUCCCUGUACUGUCUGCAGUCUCUGGUCAUCCCUGUACUGUCUGCAGUCUCUGGUCAUCCCUGUACUGUCUGCAGUCUCUGGUCAUCCCUGUACUGUCUGCAGUCUCUGGUCAUCCCUGUACUGUCUGCAGUCUUGGUCAUCCCUGUACUGUCUGCAGUCUCUGGUCAUCCCUGUACUGUCUGCAGUCUCUGGUCAUCCCUGUACUGUCUGCAGUCUCUGGUCAUCCCUGUACUGUCUGCAGUCUCUGGUCAUCCCUGUACUGUCUGCAGUCUCUGGUCAUCCCUG